GGCCCCCAGGGGGGCCCCCAGGGGGGCCCCCAGGGGGGCCCCCAGGGGGGGGGGCCCCCGUGUGGCGUUAUGGGGAAAGUUAUGCUGCAGUGCUGGAAGAAGGGGAAUGGACUGUGGGGUGUUUGUGGCUGACUUGUGGGGCCGUUUUUGCUGCCUUUUUGCGGCAGCAAGUUCUGCAGCGGCUGCAGUUCACUAUGAGCGGGGCCCUCGCGCACAAUAAGUUCUUGGCCAAAGUUGGCUGCGGGCUGUUCAAACCCGCGCAGCAAGUGCUGGUGCCCCGCUGGGCAGCAGCAGAUUUGCUGUCGGGCCUCCCGCUGCAGCAGCUGCCGGGGCUGGGCGGCCGCCGCGGCCGCCGUGCUGCAGCAGCAGCAGCAGCAGCAGCAGCAGCAGCAGCAGCAGCAGCAGCAGCAGUAGCGGGAGACGUCCAGCGCCUCCCCCUACACACCCUCGCGCAAACUCUCGGACUCGAGGAAGCCAAGUUCCUCAAGACACUCGCAUGGCCAGUCCCGGGAGAGGCUCCAGGGGGCUGCCCCGAAGGCAGCGACUCCGUGCAAACCAACAUUAGGGUAAAGUCUAUGUUGGCUUUUAAGUCUUUAGAACCCCCGGGGGCCCCCCCGGGGGCCCCCCUGCUGCUGCAGUGGUUGCAAACCCUCAGCAGAGAACUUUCGGAAAGGGCUUUGAAGGACUGCAGGCUUUAUUCGCGGGUUCCCAAGACCUUAACGCUGCACUACGGCUCGGGGCCCCCGUGGCACCAGCGCUUCUCCCGUUCUUGCCAAGUCCCUUAUGGCUCUGGGGUUUCUCCGGGGGGCCCCCCAAACCAGCAGCAAAUAAUGCUGCUUGCUGCUGCGCAGCUGCAGCGGCUGCAGCAGCAGCAGCAGCAGCGGGGGGCCCCCCUGCAGCCCUGCCUCCGGGUGGCCCUGGCCCUGGGGGACUUCGUCGAGGCCCCCCCGGGGGGCCCCCAGGGGCCCCCCGCAGCAACAAAGGACAUUGCUGGCUUUUUCGAGAAACAACCCAAGAAAAAUACCCCGGGGGGCCCCCAGGGGGCCCCCCAGGGGGCCCCCCAGGGGGGCCCCCAAGGGGCCCCCAGCCCGGCUCCAGGGGCCCCCCAACUCGGGCAAGCUGGGGGAGCCCCCGGGGGGCCCCCCGGGGGGGCCCCCAGCCCGAGAACGGCAGCCAGGGGAAGGGGGGCCCCCACUAGGGCACAGGCCGACGGGGCCCCACAGCCUGGGGGGCCCCUGGGGGGCCCCAAAGGGCCCCUGGGGCCCCCUGGGGGCCCCAAGGGGGGCCCCUUGGGGCCCCCAGGGGGCCCCGAAGGCCAAAAGGCAGCAGCAAAGGCCCGCGGGCUUACCCCUUCUUCCCCAGAAUAUGUUGGGUCUCAAGAAGAAGAAGCUUUGCUGCUGCUGACACAGACAAACUCCCCUGCAUGCAGCAGCAAGCUGGGGGCCCCUGGGGGGGCCCCUGAAGAGAGGGGGGCCCCUGGAGAGGCCCCUGAAGAGGGGGCCCCUAGGGGGCCCCCUGAAGAGGAGGCCCCUGCGGGGGCACGCGGGGAGGCCCCCGGCGAGACCCUUAGGGGGCCCCCCGAGGGGGCCCUUCAGGGGGCCCCUCAGGGGGCCCCUCAGGGGGCCCUCGAGGGGGCCCCUGAGGGGCCCCCUGAGGGGCCCCCUGAGGGGCCCCCUAGAGGGGCGUCCGAGGGGCCCCUUGGGGGGGCCCCUGAGGAGGCCCCCGGGGGAGCCCCUGAGGGGGCCCCUGGGGGGCCCCCUGGGGGGCCCCCUGGGGGGGCCCCUGGGGGGGCCCCUGGGGCCCCGUGGGAGGUUCGAGAUGAGGAAUGGAUUUGCGGAGAGUCGGAAGAUGAAGUGGAAGUUGUGGAAGUAAUUGACGUGUGCAAGGAGUUGGAUUCAGGUGUACGUACACCUCAGGAAGAAGGAGGCAAAGCCCGGAAAGCCAACAGAGAGAAAACCCCACACUGCAGCAAACUGCAUGCAGCCCCACACCGCAGCGCCAGAGCAGCAGCAGCAGCAGCAGCAGCAGCAGCGCAGCAGCAGCAGCAGCAGCGCAGCAGCAGCAGCCACAAGAGAGGACCCUCAGCCCCGGCCAGCGGGCAGCUGAAAAUGGACCUCUUCCUCGCCAAGAAGCAAAGGGGCUAA